GUGAACAGCUUUUUUCACGCGGGCACAGCGUCAAGUUCACUGUAGUCUCCCGUAGGCAGUCCAAUAGAUUCGAAGGGAGAUAGUCGUUCUCAACAAUAAUUCAUUGCGACAUCAUCGCAAUUCCCACGAUUGACAUCGUGUCGGUGGUGCCCCCUGCGAUCAUGCGUAAUACUUGUGCGAUGAACUGAAUCAAUCACAAUCCAAUACCAUCUUCGAGGUACUAUUAGUAGGAACCACGUCUAUGCGCAUCAACUAUAAGUGAUUUGAAGUUGACUGUUGUGGAAAACAUACUCGAAUAUACCAUUCAACCCCCACGACAUCAUACUGUCAAUGUCAGACACAGAAACUUGAAGAGGGAGAACUUGAACGUAGACAGACAAGGUAGUGUGGUUAUUUAUCGAUAGCACAACGCUCUUACAAUUCACAUUCUUCACAGCGCUGCCAGGAGUUUCUGGGUUGUCAUCGGGGAAAGGCCUCUCUCCCAUUCACUUGCUUUCGCGUGCAGCCAGGUCAUAGGGGACCAGUGUGAGAGAGCUUCUGCAUCAGGGACUAUUCAUGUGUAGUCAAGGUAUCCGGUAUCAACAUACGGGAUAGCUUGGGUCAAUUGCAAGGCUGGUAGGAUAACUACUUAAUCCCCUUUGUGUUUGAUUUACCUGAUCAGUCCUGUGCACUAAUAAGGAAUUUUACUAGAUAGCCACACAAAAUCGUUCGCAGAAUUUUCCUGAUGUUCUGAUGAGUCUUCUGACUGAUCUGUUUAUGAAAUCUACAAUCAGUUUCCUCAUUUUAGUAUUUCCGCACUUGUUCCGUCACGGGACUGGUCAUUAGCAUAGAGAGGGCAUGAGAUGGACAUAUUUCCUUGUCAACGCGAUAAAGGCUGCAGCUGAUUUGAAAAAUAGUAAGACGGCGAACAAUGUCCAAUAGCUCGAUUCCUUCUGCAUUCCUCUCGAAAACCUUCGACUAUGUCGUCGUCGGUGGUGGGACUGCUGGUCUUGCACUAGCGGCUCGGUUAUCAGAGAACCCUCACCAGGUUGUUGGCGUCAUCGAGGCUGGUGACUACGAUCCCAAUGUGCCUGAAAUCAAUGUCCCUGGGCUUUGUGGUCGCAUCAUUGCCAAUCAAAAGUUCGACUGGUCAUUCAUGUCUGUUCCGCAGUCACAUGCCAAUGACAGAAUGGUUUUGCAGCCACGGGGAAAAGCCCUUGGGGGAUCGUCUAUGAUUAAUCUCCUUGGCAUGUCCCGUCCAUCCAAGGAAGAUUUUGAUGCACUUGAAGAACUUGGAAACAAAGGUUGGAACUGGGAUUCGCUUUUAAUGUAUAUGAAGAAAAGCGAGACUUUGAUACCGCUUUCUCCUCCUGAUGCCUGCCAUCAUUAUCCUGAACCAGAUUUAUCGUUGCAUGGGACCGACGGUCCAAUUAUCAAGUCUCUACCCACUUGGUGGAAUGCCAUGCACGUACCAAUGUUCCAAGUUCUUGAAGUACUAGGCAUUCUGCACAAUAGCGAGCCCGGUAAUGGCACAAAUAUAGGAGCAGUUACUUCGCUGGCCAGUAUCGAUCCUCGUAGUGCGAAGCGAUCGUACGCCGCUUCAGCUUAUUACGAACCCAAUGCAUCACGCCAGAAUUUACAUAUUUUUACUGGCGCUCAUGUGACUAAGGUUCUUUUUGAAAAGCACGAUACAUUGCAGAAGGCGACUGGUGUAGAGUUUGCCGUUAACGGGCAGCUUUUGCAACUUAAAAACAUCAGAAAAGAAGUCAUUCUUGCAGCCGGCACCUUCCAGUCGCCUCAGCUGUUGGAACUAUCCGGAAUAGGAAAUAAGGAUGUUCUCCAUAAGCACGGAAUUGAAGUUCUCGUGGAACUACCUGGUGUUGGGGAAAACCUCCAGGACCACGUCUGUGUCCGGACCAUCAUCGAGAUAGAUUCUACGAUAGAGACGUUAGACAUCCUGACCGACCCCCUCGUGCAAGCUGAACAUAAUGCGCUCUAUUUACAACAAAAGGGGAUGUUUUCUUCCCUUGGAGCAGCCGCUUUUGCCUAUCUUUCUGCAGCUAAUUUAGGCAUCUCACUCAAGGAUAUUCAGUGGUCUACUGAGAUUGAGGACCACAAGGCAUCCAUUCCAAGCCUUAUUAAGCAAUAUGAACUUCAAAGGAGGUGGUUCUCAGACCCAUUCCAAGCACAGGCUGAGUUAAUCCAGUUUCCUGGCCACUUUCCCAGCCCUGGCCCGGAUCCUGAAAAGCGUUACACUUCCAUCAUUGCUGCUCUCCUGCACCCCUUCUCUCGCGGAAGCGUCCACAUAAAUACGGCAGAUCCACUGGCGCCACCCGCCAUUGACCCAAACUACUUCUCCAAUCCAGCCGAUCUUGACUUACUUCUAGAAGUUUUGAAGUUUACCCUCAAGAUGUACAAGACGGAGCCCAUCCUCAGUGUUAUGAAGGCCUUUGUUAUGCCUAGCCAAGAAAUUAUUGAUGGAGGAGAUGAUGCCUUGAGGGAAUACGUGAAACAAUCGUGUGGACCUGUAUAUCACCCUGUAGGUACUGCAGCGAUGUUGCCGAGAGACCAAGGUGGUGUUGUGGAUGCAAGCCUAAAGGUUUAUGGGACCAGCAAUCUGAGGGUGGUGAGUAACUUCCGCUGUAGCACAUUGUAUCACUUGCUUAUGAAUGGACGCAAGGUUGACCUUUCUGUGCUACCGCUGGAGGUAUCUUGCCACACGCAGUCUGUGGCCUACGCAAUUGGGGAAAUGGCUGCGGAUAUAAUCAAAGGAGUGUUGAUACGUGAUGGGUCGUUUUCUGGCCCAGGGGGUGCAAGAAGUUGCCAUCUAUGAAUUUUUUGAGGUUGUGGAUACGAUUAAAGCUUGAAGCUGUUGCGCAGGCGCAUAGAAACACUGUGAUUGCCUAUUACAAUGAAAUCGUUCGUUG